UAAACUAAGCAACCAUGGGACAAAGGGCUCUUCCACUGUCACCUUCACAAAACAUCAUCCCUAAACAACAUUUUUGCAGUCAAAUGAGGUUAAGAAGCUGCAAGAGUUCGCCGACAUCGAUUAGAGUUUCAGCUAAACAACAAGAGAAGGGUGAGAAAGAAGAGGCAAAGAAGAAAAGCAAACAAUCGUUGUUUAGCAGCGUGACGGAGGCUCUGGAUUUCUCUCAAGUUCGGUCCGUAAAGGAUGCCGAGCUUCUGGAUGAGGCUAGAGAAGCCACCAGGUCCGGUGGCAGAAUGUCAAGGGAACAUUAUGGUGCACUGAGAAGGAAGAUUGGAGGGACAUACAUGGAUUUCUUCAAAUCCUAUGUUGAUGUGGAUGGAAAAUAUGUGGAAGAAGGAUGGGUGGACAAAACAUGCAAGGUGUGCAAGAAAGAUACAAGAGGUGAAGCAAGGCAAGUUGACAAGUUGGGAAGAUAUGUUCAUGUUGCAUGCUUGCAAAACUCCAACUCUGUAAAUUUCUUCACCAGAUUCUUCUCUUCAUAGCCUAGACUUUUCUUAUUAAAUUUUGUAUUUUUUAGUAAUAUGGUGGUAUAG